GUUUGAAGUGAGGCAGUGCCUUUCACUCGGCGAGAGAAACCGGUGGCAUGACGCGUUGUGCGAAGUCGGUGUAGUCAGCUACACUAGUGCAGUGACAAUGAGUUACGAGUAUAGUCAUGGGAGACCAAAGUUCUUGUGUUUAGUGUACUUAGUGUUGAUAAGUGUUGAAAUAUCAAAAUGCCUGGUGCUCCGGGCGUACCUGUCGCAGCACGGGCUGCACGGCGAGGUGGAGUUCUCGCACAAGAACGACACGCUGAUCAGCAUCCGCACCAACCUGAAGCCGACGCUGCAGUUCCCCGACGGCGUGUGGCGCUGGACCGUGCACGAGUUCCCUGUCGACUACCGCGACCUCUCCGACGCGCGCUGCUCCGACGCUAACCUGGGCAAGGAGCUCAUUGAUCUCACCGAAGAGUUAGGCUACCUCAUCAUCCCGGGGAAGGACCACGCUGAGUUCGAAAGCAAGAACACUCUGACAGGCCCCGAUGGACUCUGGGGCAAGAGCAUUGUAUUCGAAACAGCAGAACGAGAUAGAGUCAUCUGUGCAUCAAUUCUAUCAACAGACCAGACUUAUGAGAAGAAUGCUAUAGCUAGGUUUACCUCCCCAGUAGCGGGGACAUUGCAUUUUAGAUGGCUUUCAGCCAAGGAGUCUGACGAAUCAGACUCCUAUAUCCAAGCAGACUUAUAUCAUACCAAAGCCGUGUCAGAAAAAGUGCAGUUUACAGAACACAAGUGGAAGUUGUUUGUGACGGACAUUUUUGAUGCCGACAAGGGCAACUACGAGGACAAUUGUAAUGUUCUUCAGUUAGUGUUUGAUCCCGAGAACAGUGGGGAUGGGAUGAGCGUGGGGGACCUGGACAGCAGGCUGGGGCUGAUCAAGGUGGCGACGGACGCGAACGUCCAGAAGGCUAAGACGUUGUUCAAGGAUGAUGUGAUCAACGUGCUGCGCGGUGACAUGGAGGUGACGCGGCGGAGUCUUUACGUCGUCAUCUAUGAUAACAGACAUUCUGAUAGUUUCCUUGCGUGCGCCAAGUUAAGGCCUUUGCAGGCCAAAAGUACUAAAGCCCUUAUAAACAUGGACGGCAUUCGCGGUUCAGUGGACUUCACCCAGCGCUCGCCGUUCGACCCGACGUGGACGAACUUCCAGCUGGGCGCGUCGGACCAGGACUACGAGUCCAACCUGCGCUUCGUGAGCUCCGUGCUGCAGUACAGCGUGCAGGAGCUGCCUCCGAGACUCGUGGGGGACGAUAUCGCCUCUAUAUGCAACACUACCGGAGGGAUCUAUAAUCCUACUAACAUUGAUUUGUCAAAUCUGCCUCCGCCAGGCAUGGGUACCCAGGACCAGUAUCCGGUGGGCGACCUACUGGGCAAGCACAAGGACCGCACGGAGUACCUGAACCACCGCUACCUGCUGCCCGGGCUGGCGCACGAGCUCAGCGGCGCCUACUGGGACGUGUACCUGCCGCUGCACGGCGCCAGCAGUGUGCUGCAUCGCGCGCUGCUCGUCGAGAGACGGUCUCCGAAGCAGGACGUGUGCGGCACGAUCCUGCAGUAUGAGGCGGAGACGGAGUACCAGACGCCGAUGUCUUCCGCCCAGGUCAUCUUCCGCUACCCGCUGGUCGGCCGCAUCAUCUUCCGCCAGCCGCAGGACCGGCCCUGGGAGGAUACCACCAUCAUUGUCGAGGGAUUGGUGCACGCGGACGGCGCCACGGUGAACAACACGGCGGGGCACCGCUGGGCGCUGCACGAGCACGCGCCGGGCGCCGACUACUACAACUGGACGGCGCGGUGCCUCAGCGCCGGCAGGGUGUACCAGCCGCAUGCGCUGGACAUCGACACCAGGCAUCCCGAGUCCUACUGCCGGCCCGGCCUGGAGGGGCUGUGCAGGCUGGGAGACUUCACUACCAGACACGGCACGCUGGCGGUGGCAGGCCGGUGGCGGGACGCAGCCCGGCUGACGCGGCGGCUGGUGACGGACGGCGCGGUGGCGCUGGCCGGCAAGUUCUCCAUCAUGCGCAAGUCGCUCGUCAUCUACGACGACCACGGGCCCGUCGCCCGCGGCGAGCGGAUGGCAUGCUCCAUCGUGUCGGGCUUGCCGCGGCGCAAGGCGGUGGCGCGCGGCUGGUUCGGCGGCGCGGCGCGCGGGCGGCUGGAGGUGACGCAGCAGUCGCACUACGACGUCGCCAACGUGCACGUCGCGCUCGAGGGGCUGCACGACGUGCACAACUACAAGAUACACGCGGUGCCGGUGGAGAAGGACCUGGAGUUCCCGUGCGAGAAGACCACCCUGUACGAUACCUUCAACCCCUUCCACGUCAACAAGAGCCUCAGCCCACCACCCACUAAAGGCACGGCGGACCAGUACGAGCUGGGCGACCUGGGCGGCAAGUACGGGCUGGUGGAGGCGCAGUCGCUGACGGCCGCCUACAACGAGACGCAGCUCUCGCUCUACGGCCCGCACAGCAUACUGGGCCGCUCACUCGUGCUGCACAAGAAGAAGAACCGUCGCUGGGCAUGCUCGUCGAUCGAGCGCGGCUACAGUCCGUCGGAGGCGCGGGAGCUCCGCGCUGUGGCGUCGUUCCACCACCCCGGCGGCUUCGCGCGCGGCUACAUCCGCCUCACGCAGCUCCUGCACAACGACGGCAGCGCCAGCGACACCAUCAUAGAGGUCAAGCUGCGCCACCCGGGGCUCAGGGACACUAAUGUCACACGUAACCACAACUGGGCGAUCUUCGUGAACCCGGUGGGCGUGGACGCGGCGGUGAAGGUGACCAACACGCGCUGCGUCGCCGGCGGCUACCGCUGGAACCCCUACUUCACGCAGCUCGCAGACCCGCUCAAUCAUGACCUGUACCAGCAAGAGUGCGGUCCGGACAACCCGCUGCGCUGCGACGUGGGCGACCUGACCGCCAGGCUCGGCACCAUCAACAUAGGCGCAGAGCGUCAGAUGUUCAUGGACAGCAACUUCCCGCUGGAGGGCACGGUGAGUGCGCUGGGCCGCUCCAUCGUGAUCUUCGGCCCCGAGCGCAGCUCCGAGCGCUUCGCCUGCGCCAACAUCGAGCCCGAUAAGGACAUCAUUAAAUAUGUUAAUAUCAUGAAGCCGCCACGAUUCGUGCUCGGCAUGUUCCUGGAGGACAUGCGGCGCGUGCUGGGCGUGCCGGAGUGGAUGCUGUCCGUCGACGCCCGCCGCACCCGCGCCCUGCACGGCGGCACCUGCGUCCAGCUGCUGCUGCACUUCACCGGGCCCCACGCCAACCGCCUCGAGCUAGACUUCACCAAACUGCUGGCGUCAGGGCGGCUGGACUCCCCCAGCAUCUUCAUCCCCGGCUACGUGAACACCAAGAGAAAGAAGACCAUCUCGUACCGACCGUGCGGCACCACCGACCCCAAUGAAAGCAAAACCAACUUGGAAGGGCCCUUCCUCUUCUUCGGCCCCAAGUCCUUAGAGAAAUACAAGCGCCCCGCGUUGAAGUAUUUAGACCAGGAUGAGCUGAUGCGCAUCUACGGCGAGCAGGCGGCCAUCGUGGUGUUCAACAACCAGGACUCGGUGCCGCUGUCGAGCGGCUACUUCCCGCGCCUGAGGAAGAUGCUGGAGCGGCAGAGCACGCUGGUGCUGCCGCAGGACUUCCUCGACGUGCACCCCGACUACAUCAGCAACGAGACGCAGGUGCUGACGCUGCAGGGGCCGUGGUCGGAGCGCGACGCGCAGAUGACGGAGACCUUCGCGCGCCUGCAGGACAUCUACGGCACCGGCAGGGUGCUCGGCAUCCUAGGUAACUCGGUAUCUCAGAGCCAAUCAGCUGACUACAUCGACGGCGAGCCAUGGGCGAGGGUUCGACGCCAAGCGCAGAACGAGUCCGCCUCAUCGACCACCUCUCCUGAAGACGAGAGACCUUCCAAGGUCAUGCAGAAGUUUGCACUUUAUAACGCUACAGGUCCUCCCGGCAAAGGAGCGCUCCUGUACUCGUCAGGCUGGCCGGAGCUGCGGCGCACGAACGGCACCACCAUCCGACUCAGCACGCCGGUCGGCGAGCCCACCAUCAAGCCCACUCGCCUCUACACCAUCAUGGUCGUGCGGUUCGUCGAUGGAGACAGCAGGGAUAAGAUAACUCUGGAGUUCAGUUUCAAGCAAUCAGGUGGGUGGUGGACGGCGGUAGGCGUGGAGGUUCGCUUCGGCUUGGAGACGACUGGCAUCAGCCUGAAGGCGCCUUCUCCACCAGACGCUCCAUCCGCGGUGCUCGGCAAGUCUUACCACUGCUCACUGCCGCUGGUCUACUCUUCCGAAGACGCUACGCUAGUGUUGCCGGAUGUUCAGAUGCAAAUGUUCAUGGACAGCACGGAGAAGUUCGCUGAUGCUUUCGACUGCAUCGGUUUCACAACUGUACCAAUCUGGUCAGGCAUCAUGGUGUCGUUCAUCAUGCUGGUCGGGCUGGGCAUCUCGCUCACUAUGAUCAUGGACAUCAAGACCAUGGACCGCUUCGAGAACAACAGGAGCAAGCAGCUCACCAUCACUGUCAGCGAAUGAUUCCUGAUCAGAACAGUUGCUCUACUCAACACUUGUGUGACCACGGUCGCGAACUACAAGCCUCGUUAUAUGAUGGAUAUGAUGAGGUCUUGUAUCUUUAUCAAAAAACAACAUAAUCACUCUCUGGAGAGCUUCCUUGGGGUAAUAAAGUCCAUCACGAGUAUUACCCCCUCUACACAGGUCACGUACAAUAGCAUGCUACACGCUACGAAAUCAACAAUGUGAAUUUAGUUCGGUGUACGCAUGUUAGUGUACGUGACGCAGGUAUUUUCCAUGCUGGUCUGGGAAUGAGAGAAAAACAUAGAAGGAUCAGCUGCUUCUCGUCCCGCGCAAGUCGUAAGAGGCGACUGAGGGAGCCCCGGGCCCGCGGGCGCAGCGCCCGCCCGCCGCCGCCACCCGUCUCCGCCCGAGCGCUAGCAACGCUUCAGGAGACUCGCUCCUGAAGCGUUGCUUAUAGACUAUUUUUGUACCAUUUUCUAGUUUAUAUCGCUGCAUUCAAAGCCGGGAAAACGCUUAGCAUAAUUAUAUGUCCGAAAUUAGCAUGAAUCUGCUCUGUUCCUGUCCUCUUGUCUUUCCCUAGUAUGUAAGGAUAAGUUAGAUGUAAGUUGUAAAUAGAUAGUGUAGACAAUGUCCUGUACCGUGGUACACGAGGACGUUGUCACUUACACGUUUGUUACUGUUGUUCAAAGUAAGACUACACGGGUAGAUAAUUAUAUACGUGAAGAUACAGCAAAACAUUAAAAUAUCAUAUCAGUGUUU